CCUGUGCAAUAAUAUGUUUUUUUCGUAACAGCGCCUUACGUGCCGUAAACUAGUGACAGCAACAACAACAAUAGCAACAAAAGCAAUAAGUUCAAUAAAUGCUAGUAGAAACUAAUAGAAAAGCAAAACACUAUUGUAUACUUGUAAAUGAACUCAAAUCAGCAACACACAACUCGCCAAAGCCUCAAUUCGACGCGCCACAACUCACUUUCUGUCCAUUCGACCAACAAAUUUAGUGUGUUUUUUUCUUGAAUUUUUUCAUUUUUGUUGUGUUCGAAUAUAGUUUUUGAUUCCACUGCAUGAAUGGAUAAAUGGUGAAGUAAAUGACUGUCGAACUGUGUUGAACAAUUUACAAUAAUACACACGAUAUUUUAAAUUGUAUACAUGCUUUCAUCGCGCACAGUUACUAAAAAGCCGCAGCAGAGGCAGCAAUCGUAAAAGCAGCGUUAGCAGCAGCUGUAACAGCGACAGCGACAGCGACAGCGGCGAUUGACUGCUGAUGCCAAUAGUUACAGCAGUUGGCAUUCAACUUUAGUAGCGACGGUUGCUGUGAACAUAACUACUUACUGUCUGUCCAUCAGAGAUCACUGUCAGUUUCGGUAUUUUUGGCAUAUGAGCGUUCCAAUAGCGCUGCUGUCGUUAACAACCAAGCAAGCAACCAACCAACCCUUCAGGCAGCUGCGCAUCAGUUGCCGCUUGUGCCACACAGCGCUUGUGACCAGCCUUAACCGGAACGCAAUUAAGAUUUGUUUGCUGGCGCUGGUGGUGGUUCUAGUGUUGGGAAGUGUAGGCAGUUUUUAUGCCUAAUUUUGACUGCACUUUCAGUUUUGUUGCAAGCUGCAUGUUGUUGGCAUGUGCAAGUUGGAAAAAGGAAAAUAAUAAAUUUUGAGUGUGAAAUAAUUGAAAUAGAAAUUGUGUGGAGUGUUUUGAGAAGAAAAUUAAUUUUAAUGUGCUGUGUGUUUAACCGAAAAGUUCAUUAAGUGCGCUAACAAAGCAAAUGAAGUCAUUCUCAUUGUGAGCUCUGCCGUUAAUUGUUUACCGUUUGUGUGUGUGUGUGUGUAAGUUUUACGUUAUAUUUACGCAGCGAUGCGUAUUUUAAGUACCGAGUUACGCUUACGCGUUAAAAAUCGCAAACCGCGUCCAUUUUCACGUGCCGCGAGUGCUGACGCCGCUGUCGGAGAUAGCCGUUGCUGUGCAAAUCCUGCUUUUGAUGAUGCCGAUGGCGCGGGUGUGUCGUACAGCAGAGACAGUGCCAUCAGUUCUCCAUCCACACCCAACUCCUCGCUUUCCUCACAAUCGAAUCUUGUUUGUGCAGGUGGUGGUACGCCAUCGCCGAACACACCAUCCCCCGCCACACCCACUUCUCAACAAUCCGCCAAUACACCGCUGAGCGGCAACAGUGCGAUAUAUCAAGUAUCAGGCGCCGGUUACGGUGUCUCAACGUCCGGUCAUAAGAACAGUCUUAAGGGUACGAAAUUGGCGCGUAGAGCGCGCUCUUUCAAGGACGAUCUAAUAGAGAAAAUUUCCAUGAUUCGCACACCAAACAAUACGCUGGGAAGAUCCCAUUCCCCGCACAGUCCACGUAGUAAGUCCAUGAAACCGCCAACAACAGCCGAAGAGUUAGCCGCGGCUGAGAGUCCACUGCAGACGCAUGUCAAGGAUAUUUCGAAUGCGUUGAAACACUUUCGCGACGUGAUAAUCAGAUCAAAGCUGGAAGUUCUGCCGGGUAAUGCAACUGUUAUACUCGAGACAAUCGCCAGCAUGUAUACCGUUAUACAAUCGUAUGCGUUGGAUAAGCACAGCAAUGUACUUCUGUCGGCAACACAACAAGUAUAUCAGUCGUUGGGUAAAUUAGUGAAGCUUUGCGACGAGGUAAUGCUUAUCUAUGCAGCGCGGCGGAUCGACGACGAAGGUGUCGAAGAUAAUCUGCAAGACGAGCAUCAACAACUGAAAGCGCUGCUCAGCGAAGAUAAUGUAAAGGAGAUUGUUGAUUUACUUGGUGAGGCGGUGCGGAAUUUGGCGACGCUUGCGCAUCAGAAACUGAAGGAGCGCGAGGAGAACGCUUUGAAGUAUGCACCAGACAAUGCCGUCGCAGCUGCAUUGGCUAACAAUGGCGCAGCCGUAUCGCUCAAUCAUCUAAUGCAUCUGCCGGAAGUGGCUGGCCAACGUACAUCGCUGCCUGACAUAACGCUAACACCGAAGGAACGUGAUAUUUUAGAGAAGACCAACUCGAAUCCGAUACGCGCUUCACACAGUACCGAGAGCAUUUUGCGCGACACGAGCCCUCCACCUAAACCACCGCUACCGAAUAGGCCACCACCGCUGCCACCGAAGCGCCGCAAUCAACAGCAACAACCGAGUUUAAAUAAUAAGAGCAUUAACUCGGAUUUCGACUGGAGUUCGGACAUUUCACUGGGCAACUAUGGCGCUGAUUAUAUCAGCAAUCUGUCGGUGCACUCACACUCGCCGGAUGAAAAUUCUAGUCAAUGUUCACUCGAUUCAGAGCUAAAUCAUUCACGCGAGGAGGAGGAACUCAAGUCACUGGGUCUGGGCAAUCGCUACAAUGACAGCCUGCUCGACAAUGAUGUUGACAAAUUAAAUAUAUUAAAACCACUAGUAAGCGGUGGCAAGCGUGUUACGUUGAACAAUAAAGUGGCAUGCAACAAAGCAAUUGGCAGUGGUAAUGAAACCACCAACACUACCGUUGUCACACAAACACAAAACGUUGCGGCGGAGAACACCAAACGGCGUGCUAUCGUGACCAGUUCAGUGGCUAGCGAUGGCGCGGACGAGUGUGAUUUUAUUUUGCAAAGUGGCAACGGUAAUAAUGGCGCUGGUGGCAGCGCUUUGGAGAAACUGGAAAUGCGCAAAAAUACUAACAAUCGUCAUUCCAAUGAAUCGGGCUUCGUUUCUAUGACAUCGGUGCGCACAUCGGCACAGAGUGUAUCGAAACGUUCAUCCGAUUGCGGUUUUCAAUCGUCCACCAAGUCCAGUUCGAACUCAGAAAUUGCAUUCGAUGCCAUUGAAUCGUCGAGUAGUGGUGAAUUCCACACGCAAGCGCAAGAGUUCCAUCAGCAUACAACAAGUUCGACCAUGACGAGCACCAUGUCAUCGACAAUGAUGGCCACAUCGACUAGCAUACUAAACAAUAUGUCUACAUUGUCGCAUGAGGCACGUUCGAUUAGCAAUACCAGCAGCAUCAGUCCCGAUCACUAUGAGAGUAGCGGUCUCUUGACCGAACGCUCAAUGCAUACCAGCAGUACUAGUCAUGUCACACAAUCGUCAUUUUCAUCGCUGGCAAAAGCUAGUAGUUUGGAUACAGCUUCAUCAUCGGAUGGCAUGGGUUCACACAAUGAUUUGGUGCCACCUGCAUUGCCGCCAAAAACUAGUCGGAACAAAGAUGCGCGCAUAUUUUCGCAAUAUGAUAAUUUCGAUGAAAUAGACGAUCAUAAUGGCGAAAUACCCGAACUCCGCCCUCAUCAUCAUACCCACUACAGCAGUUACAGCCAACAUAAUCACCAUUUCCAUCAUAAUCACUAUCAACAUCACGUGGCACCGUGGCAUCAAACGAAACAUCAAAGUUUACUCGACUCAAGACACUUGGUUAGCGGCUUUGUCAGCAGUUGCACGAGUAUUGGCGAUCUGGAGCAACCGCCACCGCUACCGGCUAAGAAAAAGCACAUGUUUCAAAGUGUGGCCUUCUCGGUUUUCGCAUACAUGGAGCUGUGUCAGGGUCCCCAUCGACCCUUCGAUCGUCAUACGAUGCAUGUACAGGAUCUAACGGGGAACAUUACGCACAGCCAGACAAUGAAUAUUGUGCCACUACCAAAGGACUUAUCGCCACCGUCGGAGCAGGAAACGCCGCCCGCACUCCCACCAAAGAACUACAAACAGCAGCGCAAGUCCAGCGCUACACCGCCCACCAUAAUUACAACGCCACCACCUAGUCCAAAGCCCACACAUUUGAGUGCUAGUGCCGAUGCGGAGAAUGGGCGUCCAGCGCGCGUUAUAUCCGCCACACAAGGCAGUGAAAUGAUGUCCACCGUGUGUGAGGAGCUCGGCGAUCUAACCGAAGAGGAACAAGCGUCACUCCGUCACUCUCACCAGCUGCCCAAUGAGAAUUGUCACGACAAUCAUGUAACAAGUAGACAUUCACCACUACGUCGCGCCGACACACAUGAGGGUACGCCCGGCAGCAGAUCUGAGAGCGCCGGUGAAGAUCAAUUAUUGCAGAACAAUAGCUUUACUGAUGAUAAGUGUGGUGAGUUGCAAACGGUGCCACAGGAUGAAUUGCCAAAAAUGCUGGAAGAAAUUGAUGUUACCAAGUAUUUGGUGCUCAAGCGAAAGGAUGAAGAUGGACCGGAUAUAAAGGGCGGCUAUAUUGAUGCAUUGAUUGUACAUGCGAGCCGCGUGCAGAAUGACAAUGCAUUCAUUGAUGCCUUCAUCACGACGUUUCGCACCUUUAUACAGCCGAUCGAUGUGAUUGAAAAGCUAACCCAUCGCUAUACCAUAUUUUUCUGUUGCCAAAACGAUCACAAGCAACGCGUUGCCCGUGAGACAUUCUCACUACUUAUGAGAGUGGUAGAUGGCUUAACGUCAAUGGACCUGACAGAUCAGCUCUUGGCUCUCAUAGUCGAAUUUAAUUAUCAGCUGGUAUGUGCCGGCCAAUUGUAUUUAGCGAAAACAUUGCGCAGCAUAUUUGUAGAGAAGGUAACGUUAUUCCGGGAACAACGUUUGCCACCACCUAAAGCCGAUAUGCAUAUCACCGUCACCAAUCAGCCCAGCCUACUCGAUCUCAAAUCGGUAGAGAUUGCCGAACAAAUGACACUACUCGAUGCCGAUCUAUUUCAGAAGAUCGAAAUACCCGAAGUAUUGCUCUUUGCCAAAGAACAGAGUGAAGAGCGUUCGCCCAAUUUGAAUAAGUUUACCGAACACUUUAAUAAUAUGUCAUUUUGGGCACGUUCGAAAAUUCUCACAUUAGGCGAUGCAAAAGAACGUGAAAAACAUGUUAUUAAAUUCAUAAAAAUUAUGAAAUAUUUGCGAAAAAUGAAUAACUACAAUUCGUAUUUGGCUUUAUUAUCAGCGCUCGAUUCGGCGCCCAUACGGCGACUGGAAUGGCCUAAGACUAUAACGCAAGACAUUAAGGAAUAUUGCCUGCUGAUCGAUUCUAGCUCUAGUUUUCGAGCAUAUCGCACUACUUUGGCUGCAACAAGUCCACCCUGUAUUCCGUAUAUUGGUCUAGUGCUGCAAGACUUAACAUUCGUACAUGUUGGCAAUCCAGAUUAUUUAAAGGAAGGCGUCGUCAACUUCUCCAAACGUUGGCAACAAUAUCACUUAAUAGAGAACAUGAAGCGCUUCAAAAAAUGUGAGUACAACUUCCGCCGCAACGAGCGCAUUAUACGUUUCUUCGAUAACUUUGAAUAUGAACUGGGUGAGGAAGAGAUGUGGCAAAUAUCGGAAAGCAUAAAACCGCGUGGCCGACGACCUGUACAAGCAUAAACGGUUUGCGUAACGGAAGCCGUACAUUCACAUAUCCUGAAGGAAUACUCAAUUAUCAGCAAAGAACUAAAAAAAUAAAAACAAAAAUGAAAUGUGCAUGCAAUGUAAUAGAAUUACUUAUAUGCAAACUAUAUCCUUCAGCGCUGUCAGAAGCAUAACAUUAUAUGAGGUUAAAAGCAGCAAAGGAGAAAAUUAACCAUAAAACACAGCUAUUAAAUAGUAAUAUAUAUAACAAUGCACAGUUAUAUUGGAUGCACACUUGCUAUCAUCAUACAUAUAUAUAACUAAAAGCAUAGUGAUAAUCACCGAAACGCGCACUCAUUGAAAGCACAUCUUAUGUCGACAUUAGCAAAAAUUAUAAUGUUAUGCAAACCAAACAAAAUUGCACAUAAGUUCAAUUUGAGAAGUAGUAAAUUGCUUUAAAUUAACAGAAACAGAAAAAUUUUAAAGCAAAAAAAAAUCAACUCAAAUGUUGUAGAGCAACCAAAUACCAAACCAAACUCAACUUGCACCGACACAAACACAACGAAAUUUUAUUAUAUUAUAUUAUAUGUAUUGCAUGUUUUUGUACACCUUAUCAGUUUUCAUAAGUGAAAGAAUUUAACUGUCUCUCUUUAACAGUGAUGAGCAGUCGAUAAGAACGCCGUGUUUCAUAUAACAAGCAAUCAAGUAAUUUGUUUUUAUAUAUUCAUGUAAAGUAACAAUAAAUCAACGAUAAAUUCAUAAACCGUCAAUAUGUAUGUAUGUGAAGAGUUGUCGAAGCGAGCGCUUAGCGUAAACAAAAACGAAUGAACUUUAAAAGUAACAAAAAAAUGUUUUUAAUUCUUAUGCAACUUGAAUCUUUUGAAAAAUAAUUUUUAUCAUUAGAAAGCAAUGUUAGUGUGCUAGCAAUGUGUUUGUUUGCUAGCAUCCUGUUUUCGCACAAUUAUCUCAACAAAAUGGGUUUGCAUAUGCUUUUAAAUGCUACUAUAAUAAGUUGUUUACAUUUCAAAAAAUAUAAAAAUAUUGCAGUUUACAUUAAGCGCUUUUAUAAAUAUAAAUCGUCUGGUUUUUAUCAACUAAACAUUUGUAAAGUAUAAUGUGAAAGCAGUGUAUUGUAAAUCCCGUUAAAAUAUCUAUAAAAAUAUUAUUUUUGAGAAACAUUUAUAAAACCCGUUAACAUUACUAGAAAAAAUAUUAUUUCUUAAAAACAUUUAUAAAUCCCAUUUCAAUUUCUAUAAUAUUGAUUAUUUAUCAAAAAAAGUAUAUUUUACUGCUUGCUGUUUCUGUUACUAAUUUGUUAUAUAAAACAGUUUCAAAAUUGUAAUUUUCCUUACUACGUAGAAUUGUGUAAACAAUCAUUUUACACACUGAAUAUAUUGAUUUUAUGGUAAUCAACUAUGUAUACUUUGUAAAUAAUUACCUUACUGGCAUAAAUAUCUAAUACAUACUAGCAAUAUGUAUUAAUAAGACUACGUUAGUGCAGGCAGUGUUGUAAAUAUAGAUUGUUACUACUUUCUUCAACUACAGAAUUGAAAAAAAAAACUAUAAAAGUUUAAAUAUUUCUCAAUUCUUAUUUAGAGUCUUUGGCGCACGAAUACAAAUUAUUUUUAUAACCUUAAAAUUAAAGUCUACCAUACUCUUGGGCAAAAUAUUAAAGUGAUAGCAUAUUUUUAAAUGAAAAAUUAAAAAAUUCAAAUAACUGUUGGAUUUAAAAUAGAGUAUACUAGAUAUGCAUUUUUUAAAUAACACUUUUUUUUAAUAAUUCAGACAUACUAUUUCUUUACUUUUCUUUUCAAAAAUCGAUUCCACAAAAUACUAAGCUGAAAUUUGUUUCACGAUAAGGUGGUUAUCGGGUUAUGUGGUUAUUAGAUUAAAAAUAAGCUCUAUACUCCGUGAAAACCCUAUGUAUGGUUAUUUGCUUAUUUUUUACACAAACAGCUGUUCAUUGUUUACAAUUUUAAUUCAAUGAAAUUCAUACUUAUA